CUCCAGACCGGCAGCCAGAGACAGUCCGCAUUCCGCAGCAGCCCCGCAAGCAAACAACUCGCUGUGGCUGGAAAUUAACUAGAAUGAAGAAAUUACGCGGCAGGCAGAUAGACCUUUCUGGAAAGGAAGAAUUUAAAGACUUCAGAAACGUGGCAUUGGUUCCCAUGGAAACAUCAUCAUCAGAUGAUAGCUGUGAUAGUUUUGCUUCAGACAAUUUUACGAACAGUAAAGCUAAAUUCAGAGCAGAGAUCCUGACAGACGAACUGGCUCAGAUUUUUAAUGAGGAUUCUGACAACAACGAAUCAUUCGAUGGUUUUUCUGAAAGUGACCUCAAAGAUGUGAUGGAAGCAAUGAGUGUUGAAUCAUCUGAAUCAGAAGAGGAAAUGACUUAUGAAGAUAAUAAAAAAUCUGGAAAGAAUCCAAAAACACGGAGCAAGCGAUCUUUUCCAUUACGUGUGGCUUUUAGAUUUCCAUCUCGCAAAAACAAAAAUAUGCCAAUACCAGACACUUGUGUUUCCUUAAACAAGGAUUCAGCAUCUGAAUCUGAUUCUGACCUGGAUGAACAAAGAGGAACAAAUUUCCUAAAGAAGAGAGCUCUAAAUAUUAAAGAAAACAAAGCUAUGUUGGCCAAACUGAUAGCAGAGCUGAAGACUGUUCCAGGACUUUUUCCACGCAGAGUUUCUGUUCAAGGAACACCAUCGAGACCAAAACGUCCACCAAGAAAUGCAUUCACAGAAAAUGCUUCUAGACGAAAUCCUGAGCGUGGUGCUCGACCUCACACUCGGUCAAGAUCCUUGAUUAAUGGUCCUCCUUCUCCAUCAUUUGAGCAAGAAGAUAAUGUCAGCUUUAUGAGGAAAAGAAAGUUUCUAGAUAAUGACUUCUCUGAGGGUGAAACACCUCUUCGCAGGAGGAGCCGACCCAGCAUACUUACCAUCCCACAUGUGGUACGACCAGUUGAGGACAUCACACAAGAGGAAUUGGAAAAUAUUUCUUUUUCAGCUAAAGAGAAAGUUUAUAGUAGAACCACAGGUUCCACUUGCCACCAAUGCCGUCAAAAGACUAUUGAUACAAAAACAAAUUGUCGAAACCCUGAAUGUGUUGGAGUCCGAGGACAGUUCUGUGGUCCGUGUCUUCGCAACCGCUAUGGUGAAUUUGUUAGAACUGCUUUAUUGGAUCCUAACUGGCAUUGUCCACCUUGUAGAGGAAUCUGCAAUUGUAGCUUCUGCCGACAGCGUGAAGGUCGCUGUGCUACAGGUGUUCUUGUUUACCUGGCCAAAUAUCAUGGAUAUGACAAUGUUCAUGCUUACUUGAAUAGCCUGAAAAGGGAACUUCAAAUGGAAGACUAAGGAGCAGCAGUGAACCAGUUUCAUGGAAGCAGAUCAAAUUUUUUGAUAAAUUUACUUGGUAGCGUUUACAAUCAUACCUUUUUUAAACAAUUUUUUGCUAAAUACUAUGAGCUAGAUUUACAGAAUGUGCUUAAACAUAGAGCUUUUACAAUAUUUUACAUAGUGAACUUCUUUAUUUGUUUGCUAUCAUAAUCACAGGUUAACUUAGGAGCAUGCUGGAAGUGGGGGAGGAUGGUAAAAAUUUUUUUACACAUACUCCUUUUGACAUUGUUUUAGGCCAUCAAGACCAGCAGAACCAUUUUCACACUAGCAUGCUUCUUAUGACAGCAAGUAAAUCCCUCAGUCCACUGUCAUUUAUUCUACUUUCAUAAUAGCCUUGUUCUAUAAUAUUGCCCAAUUUUAAAUAUCCAGCUGCUCAAUUGUAAGUGUCAAAUCUCUUGUAUUUAAGUAAAAACCGAUUGCUCAAUACAUUCUUAAUCUCAGCUGGUUCCAAAAUAUAACGCUAGAGAAUGACUUUCACUUUUAAAAAUCCAGCUGUAGAAUUUUAAAAAUCCAUUUUUUAAAAACUCAUUAAUUUUAAUGGCUUUUACCCAUGUUCCGUUAAUAAAUAUGAAUGGCAUUUAUAGUUCAAUCUAGCAUUGCAACCAAUGGUAAAUUUGUAUUUGCUACUCUUUCGCUUUGCAUUGAUGCAGCUUCUAUUAAGAUUAUACUGCUGCAGAACUUUAAAUAAUACAGGCACGUACAAUAAAUUUCAUAUAGGACAAUCACUUAACCACACCAACACCCCACUUUCUCAGGGUACAAACACUUAACCACACUAAUGCCCCAUGUUUUCAGGAUGCAAGUGGAAGUCAAAAUUUUGGAAC